AACUUCCCUUCUAACGCUCACACAUGAAUGGGAAAGAGGUACUCGUGGCCAGAAAAAAAGAGGCAUCAACCAGACCUCGUGUGUACGUGAAUGUUGGCUGGCUUCUCUGCAAGCUUGGCCGGUGUUCGCGUACACGUAUACGCGCGUGAUACAUCGGUGUUGGAAUAGGAUCGCGCGCGGCGAACGAGCGCGUUUGUGCGGUCGGUCGGCUGUGUGCAACAUACGUGGUGUGCUGCAACCUUUAUUCGGCGCGGCUGCAGUUUUACCUCCUACACGUUUUUGUCGCGAAUCGUGCGCAUACUGUAUAUGUAAAGCCACGCUGCUGGCACGUACAUGCCACUUUCCCUUUUCAAAAUCGAUUUUGGCGCCGUGCGCCCCGCCGGCUCAGUCAACGACGUCGACGCUUCUCCCGCCAGGGCUGUACGUAUUCCGCUCUGCGCCACUCUUCUUCUUUCGAGUCUUUUUUUUUUUUUUUUAUUUAUCCUAGUUUAUCCCUUGCGUGCAUUAGAAUCGAAGCGAGCAACGUUCGAUACUCGAAUUAUCAUCGAUACUUCGUAGUGUUGGAUUUUGUAAUUAUAGUAAUGUGUGCUUUCGAUAAUUGAAAAAUGUUGUGUUACAUUUCCAUUUUCCAUCGUCCAAAAGUCAGAAGCGAGAGUGAUGAGAAUUAGAUUAAAUAAGUGGAGAAUUUUUAUAAUGGAGGAAAAUUGCACGCGUCAUCGAUAUCGAAAGGCAACCGAUAAAAGCGCAGCUAUUUGGAUAUAGAUCACACAAGUACAGUCUGGUAAAACGUAUAAAUACAAGUAAUGAACCAUAAAACUCGCAAGGGAUGAUUACUCGGCGUAAUUCCCGGUGCAUCUGUAAAAAUGAGAAAAGAGAGAGAGAAGAGAGAGAGAGAAACGGGCACACGCACCAUUCGCGCGCUAAUUACCCCCGCGUAAAUGUGUUCCAUUUUUACGGGACUAGCGGCGCGUAACGAGUCCCAAUUCCCUUCACAAUUAACUGCACCGCAUUACGACCCUCGAACUUUUCGUCAACUACCCCUUCCCUUCGCUUCCACCGACCUUCCACCCCCUCCCUUCACCCCUUGUCCCGUUUUCGGCCUUCCGCUUCCUCCAGAAGACACCGUCCGAGUCUAUUGGCUCGUUAAACGAAAAAAAAAAAAAGAAAGAAAAAAAGAAAGAAAGAAAGAGAGAAAAAAGGAAAGAGUAAGGAAAAAGAGAGUUGGAAAAAAAGGUGUCUUAGGCGAGAUCAAAAGCUCUUCCACGGGGGUGACCCGUGGUCUGCGGUGGUCGCGCGUCCAUCCCUGUCGGUAUGUGCCUCGGGCUUAGAAAAGGCCCUCCUCCUCCUCCUCCUCCUCCACUUCCCUCCCCUAUCUUCCCCUUUCUCCUCUAUCUCUCUCUAUCCUUCUGCUCUCCUGCCCUUCUCGCGUGUCUCUUACCCUUUCUCCGUCGCUCCGCUGCCCGUACGAAAAUACCGCCUUUCGUUAAAGGUGAACGGACGAAAUCGCGAGUUACACGUGCGUGCAAGAUCCGACGAGGGUGAUGCGUCGGCGGGUGUUCAGGACCUGUGGGGGGAGGGAGGAUAGGAGAGACAGGGCAGGCCGGUGGUCAGGAAGGGUGGCGAGGGAAAGAGGAGCAAAAAGGGUUGAGGGUGGUGGAGGAGGUGGUGGCGGUGUGUGCUACUACCCGUAGCCUCGUCGAAGAGAGAUAGUAGUGGGGGGAGUGGCGGCGGUGGAGGAGAGACGAGCCGCGGUGGCCAGACGAAAGCAGCGAUAUCAACGUUUCCCUCGCGCGCAUAUACGCCGGGUGCCGCCGAAAAUCCCCAAAAGCACACGAAACAAAGGCCUACCUCUCCGUUCUAACCCUCCGCUGCCACCCCCGCCCUCUACUCCUCCCUUGCACCCGUAACCUGCACCCGAUACACGCGUGCACACCGGCCUUCUAUGUACGAACAGAGGAGACGUAACAUGGACUUUUCUCGGUCGGACGUGUUGUGCGCUCUCCGUAGGCGCGAGCACGUGCACGGCCCGAGAGCUCGCUUCGACGAGCCUCGAUGAGAGAGAGAGAGAGAGAGAGAAGUCUUUAUCGGGCGUGCAAGAACGCGUUGUAUACUCCACGGUAAUUGUUUGGUUAAGGUUCUUCGGGGGCUGAAAUUAGUUCCGUCACGUGCGUCACCCUCUCACCUUUUGUGUGGUCGUUCAAACCGGCCAUCCAACGGUGUAAGAUUUUACGCCGAUUCCCGAUUUAUCCGGUUCCACUAUCUUUCUUAUAUACGUAUAUACGCGAGUUGCCAUACGAUUUUUAAACGAUUUUUACCUUCGCGUGGAAUUUUAUACAUCUUGUUGCGAAAUAAUUGGAUAGUUUUCUUUUUUUUUUUUAUACAGAUUAUCCUUGAACAGUGUUCGACGGUGAAAUUUUUUUCGCGAAUCAAUCGUAGUGAAAUGCGAUGGUUAUCGACAAACGGCGGCUUGGUUGCUAAUGAAAUGUAAAUGGAACAAAUAUGAAAUUAUAGAAACACGAGGAUACGUGUAAUUACGUAAAUCGAUUAUCUUGGUAAAUUACGGACAGGGCGCUUUCGCAAUUGUCGAUCGAAGAAUUCGAAUUUCGCAAUGUUGCGACAAUCUUUUUUUCCCUCCCCGAACGGAGAAUAGCAGGUGUUGGAGCGCGUUCAACGGCACGUAAAAAUUCCCUCGGCGAGUGUUGCGAUUGUUAUUUUACGAUUCGAGAUCCCGAUUUACGCGAUUAUCGGGCAUCUUCAUCGGGCCGUAAUAAUUGGCCGAGCGCGAGCUAGGUCGGUCGGUACGUUUUCUUCAAGGUUAGUCGAAAGCCCUGGCGCUGAGUGGGUCGGUGAGCUGAAAAAUCGAUACGUACGAAAGUGAGAGUCUCAGCCGUUCCACCCUCCUUUUUCUUCUUCACGUUCCACGUCCUCUUCUUACUUGCCAUUUGGUUCAUUCAUGUUGCUUGCGUCGCGCAGUGCCGUGAUUCGUCUAAUUUCGCCAUUUUUUUUCACCCCUUUAAAUUCGGCCGGGCGCAGGAAUUCGCGGAUGCGGAUCCUUGAAAAGAGGGGAAACGAAACGAAACGAAACGAAAAGGGUACUUCAUCCUCAAAGGUAAUCGUGAACAACUUCCCAGCUCAGGCCAGAAUAGAAGAUAUCGAAGCUUUAUUUUCGAACUGUGGACAAGUGCAGUCCGUUGAAAAGUUAUCCUCCCGAGACCCGAACACUCAAACCGUCCUAAUCAGUUAUGAGACGCAGGAACAAGCACAACAGGCUGUGAACCAAUUUAAUGGCCACGAAUACGAAGGUAGCCCACUAAAAGUGGAAAUGUCUACGGUGGAGAACCGACGAAGAGGCCGCAGCCAGCGAAGCGGCGUAGCUUAUUCCGGAGUUUCGGGUUCUGGGCGGCAAGCAGAUUUCCCGCUUCGUAUUCUUGUUCAGUCGGAAAUGGUAGGAGCCAUAAUUGGUCGUCAAGGAUCAACCAUACGUCAGAUCACUCAGAUGACGCGCGCACGAGUAGAUGUUCAUCGAAAGGACAGUCUUGGCGCAGCAGAGAAAGCCAUCACUAUCUACGGUAAUCCAGAGAAUUGUACCAACGCCUGCAAGAAAAUCAUGGAAGUGACGCAGCAAGAGGCUUACGGUUUGAGUAAAGGUGAGAUAUCAUUAAGGAUCCUCGCGCACAACAAUUUGAUCGGCCGAAUCAUCGGAAAGGGUGGCACUACCAUUAAGAAGAUCAUGCAAGACACCGACACCAAAAUAACCGUAAGCAGUAUCAACGAUAUCAACAAUUUCAAUCUCGAACGCAUCAUCACGGUGAAAGGCAGCAUCGAUAAUAUGAGCAAAGCCGAAUCAAUGAUCUCCAACAAAUUGCGUCAAAGUUACGAGAACGACUUGCAGGCGAUGGCUCCCCAGAGUUUGAUGUUCCCGGGACUCCAUCCUAUGGCGAUGAUGUCCACUGCUGGUAUGGGAUACAGUUCACGUGGUCCUGGUUUAUACGGUUCUGGCCCAGCUCCCUAUCCGUAUCAGGCUAGUUUGCCGACUCAACAGGGUAUUCCGAUAGGCGAUACCCAAGAAACUGCUUUCCUUUAUAUUCCAAAUACCAGCGUAGGUGCCAUCAUAGGAAGCAAGGGUUCUCAUAUCAGGAACAUUAUCAGAUUCUCCGGCGCCAGUGUGAAAAUCGCACCUAUCGAGCAGGAUAAACCUGUGGAUCAACAAAACGACAGGAAAGUAACCAUCGUCGGGUCUCCUGAAUCUCAGUGGAAGGCUCAAUACUUAAUAUUCGAGAAAAUGCGCGAGGAAGGAUUCGUAGCCGGGACGGAGGACGUCCGAUUAACAAUCGAAAUUCUCGUACCGAGUACUCAAGUUGGCCGAAUCAUUGGCAAGGGUGGACAAAAUGUUAGAGAAUUGCAACGUGUAACUGGAAGUAUCAUAAAGCUAUCGGAGCAACAAUCUACAUCUCCUUCAGCCGACGAAGAGGCCACCGUCCAAAUAAUUGGCCCCUUCUUCUCUGUUCAGUCGGCACAGAGAAGAAUUCGCGCCAUGGUUCUACAAUCCUCUGGUGCACCUGGAGCAGGUGUUGCUGGCUCACGCGCUGGUCGUGGUAGCAGCCAAGAAGCUUCACGUUCUCGAAGAGACGGCAGUGCCACGUCUCAACAAGGCGGUACAACGACGCAACAACAUCCAACUCAGCAACAAUCGAGCACUUCGCCCUCCAGCCAACAACAGCCACAAAAUCAGUAACAUCACUGAAACUUACCUGACGCCGACCAAAACGCCUCUCGGAAUCCGUUUUAAUCGCCGGGGUGGCCUCGUCGCUUUGACAUUCUCUCGUCAAGAGGGCUACGUGCGACCUCCUUCUCGCGGGCUAUGUAUCCUUCGAUGUGCAUAACACGGGGGGCACAUCACGAAAACUAUUAGUUCAAAAUGUCAUACAAUAUACACGCAAUAGGAUUCGAUAAUCUUCAAAAUCAUAUAAGUUUGAUUCAGAACGGUAAGAGGGGAUACGAUCGAUGGCGCGUUUCUUUUCUUGUUUUUGGUUUUUUUUUCCCCCUUUUUUUUUCUUUUUAUUUAAGUUUGGGUACGCGAGUUCAUAUAUCGUAAGUCUUUUGUCGCUAUUUUUCGAGAAUGUACGAAACAUAGAGCGUCGUUUUUUUUUUUUAGAUAGAUUUUUGUAACAGAAUAUGCUAUAAAUUAUUGACUUAUUGCCAUUGAUCGUGACACUCGGCUUACAUCGCUAUUAAUAAAGAGUCGAACGGCUCGGGAUACACAGCUCUGAGGUAAAAGCGAUGCAGGGUACCGCGUUGAAUCAGACGGAAGUGCACGUCAGCUAAUGAAACCGCAUCACGCGAGACGAGGUGAGAAAACGAAAAAUUCCUGCCUAUUCGAAGCAGGAAUUAAGUUAUAAUCAAUUCUUCCGUCGAAAAGAUACACAGGCCGUUCGCUCACUUCUUUCUACGCGAAUUGCGACAUGUUUCGUUGCGAGUUCGCUUUUAUCAAGAGAUAAAGCGACGGGUGAUACUCAAACGAAGCGAUUUCGCAGCAUUAACGAAACCACCUCGUCGAUGAAAUAGGAUACGACGAUAAGAAAAAAAAAAAAUAAGCAUACACAACCUUAUUACCUCAUUCAUUACGGUUAAAGAUUUAAUAUGAUAAUGAAAAGUGAAACGAGAGAAAGGAUAAAAAUCAACUAAUCUAAAAAAAAAAAAAAGAAGUCUACCUAAUAUUAAAGUUAUAAUAAUAUACAGAGAAGUUAAGUAACGAUUACACAAUUACGUUAUACAUGUUACUACAACUAUUAUUAUUACUACUACUAUUACUACUAUUACUACUACUACCACUACUACUACCACUACUACUAUUACUACUACUAUUACUACUAUUACUAUUACUACUACUACUACUACUACUACCACCACUACUACUGCUAUUAACUACUACUUCUACUACGUAUUCUAUACAGGAAAGCGAUUUUUUUUAAAAGAAAGAAAAUAAUUACUCUAGGUACAGUUUUUUUUAUACCACAACGCAGAGAGACAUUAAUUAACGAGACUUAAUUAUUGAAAAAAAAAAAAAUGUGAACGAAACGUGACACGUUCUAUAGUUAGACAUAAGCCGGCAAGUUUUCAUGGCAGACGCCCUCAUCCCCGGCCCCUCUCGUGCCUGUAAUACCAAAGAAGCGAUUAUGAGUUUUUGCGUAUUAGUGAAGUGAAAAUGCGUGGCACACACAUGGUCGUGUCGAACGCUCAACUCGCCUCAAGUUCCUUGCAAGAGCCAAGAAGAGCGAGAGGGGUCAACAGACUCGACAGAGACAGAGAUUCGCGUCUGCGGGGAAUCGACGAGUGGUUAUUGACGGCAAAUGGAAGGACACUGACGAAAAGUGGCAUCCUUCGUCAUCGAGUCGCUUUUUUCAAAAGUGAUUUGGAAAGAAGAAUCGUAUAAAAAAAUCAAACAUGUUUCGAGGGAAAAUAAACGGGGAGAGAGAACGAAAGAACGGAGAGGAAAAUACGUUCGAUAUUGUGAAACGUGAAACGAACGCUACGUUUCGUGCUACGAGAAGGAUGUUCCACACAAAGGGGGGGAAAAAAACUAAGAGAGAGAGAGCGAGAGCGAGAGAGAGAGAGAGAGAGCGAGAGAGAGGAGAGAAUGAAAAAGCGACCGUACGAAAAAGCGAGAAAAACCGCGAGCCAAGAGGGAACAGAGAAGAAGAAGUUUUUAAGAUGAAGAAGAAAAAAAAAAGAGAGCCACAAAACUUUUUCAGGGAUUUUUACUUUACCAUGAGUGUAAUAAUGUGUGAGUGUGCGUGUGUUGAAUAAUACUAUUAAUUGAUAAGUAAUUACUGAUUAGGCAUAUUAUGGCAAAAGAGGCGCCAGAUAAGGUUAGAAAUUGGGAAUAAUUCGAGAGGAAAAUAACAUAUAUAUGGAAAAGAAAGACAGAAAAAGUGCUGGGGGUGGAAGAGUGAUAUUUGACGAGAAAAAGGCAUCGUUUUAUUAUUUCAAGUCGCUCUUCGCCUUGUUGUGCGAGCGUGGAUAUUGUCCAGCGAGUAUUUAUCGACACGAACGCAUGCUGACUUUAUGAAACCCUAUCGACGAUCUUUCCAAAUUUUGUCAUUUUUCUUCGUUUCUCUAUUUAUUGCCCUAAUAUACAAUAGUGUAUAUAUAUAUAUAUAUUAUAUAUUUUAUAUAUAUAUGCUAUGAUUAAAAAAAAAUUUUUUUUUAAAGUAGAGAAACGAAUAAGAAUUACAGAAUUUACGAAAGAUCGUCGAUAGACUUGCAUCAAAUUCACGUACGUCGCUUACAUAACUGCGAUAUCCAUACAUAGACACGCGUAAACGUUAUUACUUCGUUCGCAGAAACUCGCGGCGAUAUCACGUUUCUUGCACGGCGCGUACUAUCGAUCACGAUAAUUCUGAUCAUUUUUUUUUUUUUUUUUUUCGAACGGGGAUGAACAUUUUGCGUAUUGCUGAGAAAAAAUUUUUUUUUUUUUUAGUAGAAGAAUUCAAAUUUUUAAUACUUUCAACAUUUGGGGAAGCGAGAGGCGAGAGAGAAGAAGUACGCUCGCCUUGAGAGCAAAGAAUAUUCGUGACCGAUUGCGCGUGAAUCGUAAUCCUUAGGUUCUGAUUUAUGAAGGGCAAAAAAAAAAGAGAGAAAAAAAGAAAAAAAAAGAAAAAGAAAAACCACACGAAAGCGAAGGGAAUCUAAAAAAUUUCGAGGAUACGAUAGUUCGCACGUGCAACGUACGGGCGGGAAGCGUUUUCACUCGAAAGGGAGAAAAAUCGAUCGCGUAGGAGAUCUUUUCUAAAAAUGGGAAAAAUGAGAGGACGGAUAAUGGUUCAAGACUAUUUAGAACGGUGAAGUGAAUUUGCACUAUUUAUCGAAAGAGACUCGAGGAACUGAUCGACGAAUACGGCUAGCUCCGUUUCGAUGAUCUGUAUAAACAUGACCAAAAAAAGGAGUGAUAAAUUAACGGAUUGACGAGAUGCACGGUCAUGUGCCACGAGGGAUAUUCACGAUAUCGGUUCAUUUUUCAACUUGUUUUUUAGGUAAUUGCAUACGCAGGCUCUCUAUAUUAUCGUUCUAAGAUUCGAUUCGAUCUCUUCGAAUCGAAGUAAUUCAUCAAAUUCGGCUAACGAUAGACUUGGCGCGUUAAAUGAUCCCUUUUCUCCGAAGCUGGCUUAUUUCCUCUCGAAAUCUCGUGGCACAUCAUCGAUGCUUCAAUUGGUACGUCGAAUCUCGGUCGCCAGGUUCGCGUACAGCGACGAAAACGAUAAUCCCUUCCGGUUGAUCGGAAUUGAUCGGAAGACAAGGGUCAUCGACCGUCGGUUCACCUCACGGCAUUUGGUAUGCGUUUAGUACAAAAAUACACGAGUUUAACGUGGGUAGAAAGGGAAUACAAUUUUACGAAAAGGGGGAAAAAAAAAGAAAAAAGGAAAAAAAAAAAGAAAAAACGUGUAUAUUGAACGGAAGGGAAAUGAUAUAUAUAGAUAUAUAUAUAUACACACACAAACACAUAUAUAUAUAUAUCGCGUGUUAGGAUUUUUGUUUAUCGAGUGGAAGGCAAAAUACGCGUAACGAACGAAGAAACGAACUUGUGCGCAUGGGAAUAUAUCAUCGAUAUAAUAUGGGUAACGUGAAAAAUUGGACGAUGGAGGAGAGAGAAAAAAAAAAAGGAUUUGUAUUUGCAAGGGAAGAACGAAGGGGAUGAACACAGGCGGAGGUGGAAGUUUUAUAUGCCACCGCUGCCGGGCUUCGUUUCCCUUGCCUUUUUCUUUUUCGCUGCAUCUCGAGGAGUGCCGGGAAGAUUGAAUAGAAAAAAAAAAAAAAAAAAAAGAAAAAAGAGGAAGAGAGAAGAGAUUAAAAGGAAAUAAAAGUAAAUAGAUAAGAAAGAAAGAAAUUGACCGAAGAUAGAAGGGAAAAGAUUAACGCCGGAUUUGAACGGAAGGGGGGGGUAAAAGAAAAAAAGGAUGAAGACGAAACGAGAAGAGAAGAAGUGACGCGAGUGAGUAUGAAAUGAGGGAAAUGAAGAUAAAAAAGGACGAUGAGAAAUAAGAUGUGAGAAAGAGAAAAUGAAUCUAAGAGUAAUAAGUUUAUUUUUGAUACAUUGUUGGGGAGAUCUAAGUGAAUCUUUCUUUUUCAAUUUUUUUGUUAGAUGUUUUUAAUAACUUAAUGAAUUUUAACGAUAUUAAUAAAUAAAAAAAAAAAAUGCGAGGCGUGAAGAGAGAAGGCGAAGACAUUUUUUAAAUAGAGAUAUAAGGAGAUAUAAGAGAAAGGUGGAGUAAGAAGAGAAGCGGAGUGUUUUUCGUAAAAAAAAAAAAAAGAAGAAAAAAAAAGAAAAAAAAAGUAUGUAACUUAACGGAUGAAAAGGGAAAGAAAGAGAGAGAGAGAGAGAAAGAGAUAGAGUAAGAAAUAAAAUAAAGAUAAGAAUGAAAAAAAGUGAUGAAAGAUUUAAAAAAAAAAAAGGGCACGGCGCGCAGCUUUUUGCGCUGUGCGCGUCUGUCGCUCGAAAGAGGAGUUAAAGGAGAUUUUAGUCCGAUAAAUUGUAUAAUAUAUUUAAUAUAUUUGGGAAAAACGGUGGUGCCAGGUCCGCUAGGCGAGUAAACGGAUAUUUCGAUGACGUGCAACAAAGGCGAUCGGGCUCGCAGUUUUAUGUGACGCGAUUUCCGUCUUUGUCGCUUCCUGAAAAGCCUUUUUCGCCCGCAGGCCUACGCUUCCGUAUUUAUUUAUCAAGCGUAAAUAUUUAAAGACACAAGAGUGAAAAUAACGUUUUGUAAAAAAAAAAAAAGAAAAAAAGAAGAAUGAAACGAAGAAGAAGAAGAAGAAGAGGAAGAAAAAGAUGAAAAGAAUGCAGAGAAAAACGACGAAAGUGCCAAGAAACUGAAAUACGCAAACAAACAGAAAAAGGAAAAAAAUAUGUCAAUAUGCACACAGUAGUAAGAACACCAAGAUCACCGAACACCCAGUUUCAUUGAAGAUAUAUCAUCAUUGGAAACCGUAGAUGGUAGAUUCACCGAAUAAAACAAUAGGACGAAAAAAGGGAAGAUAAGAAAAAGACACAAGUAAGAAGAAACGUUCGACAGCCUCGAUUAAUAAUUAUCGAAAAUAAUAAAAAAAAAAAUAAGGAUAAUUCGAGAGUAGAGAUUUGCUUUACUUAUCAAGAUCAUUUACGCUACUUCGAGAUCACUUGACGCUCCUUUUUCCUGAAACGAUGCACCCUUAGUGAGAAGAGAACACGUUUGGAAAUAAUUAAUUUUUCGGUCGAAACAACGAAUCAAAAUUUUUUCACGCGAAUUUUUCCAUGGCCGAUCGCACACGGAAAAAACAUCAGAGAAAAUGAAAAUGAUAUGCAAAAAACGUACAGAGAAGCACGACGCUGACCGAGAGAUACAAUCGCUCUUUUUACAGGAUUUUCGUUGUUGCGCCGCGCGAAACGAUCUUCGACCCCAACAACGAAAAACAUCGCCCCCCACCCCUUUUUGGAAUAUCUCUUUGUAAGGAAAAAAGAAGAAAGAAGAAGAAGAGAAAACGAACAAAAAAAAGGAAGAAAACAAGAAAGAAUGAAAGUUCGUGAUCCGCAAUCAGCCCCGCACGUGAAUUGUUUUUUUUUUUUUUUUUACACCUUUCACUCGUUCAUUGAUCUUUGAUUCAUUUUUUCGUUGCGCAAAUUUUCGGAACGAAAUUUCAACGAGACUAGAAGACUAAAGAAGAAGAAAACUAUACUAUAUAAUAAGAAGAAAAGCGAGAAGAUUCGAAGACUCAGUAGUGUAGAAACUGAAAAAAGAAAAAAAAAGAAAGAAAGAAAGAAAGAAGAAAGAAAAGAAAAAGAAUACAAUUCUUUGACUUCGUUGCUCGUCCAUAGUUCUUGCACUCCGUUUCAACGAAAUAUAAAUUCGAGGAUUCGAAUGGAUUUUACGACAAAACGAGCAUAAAAACUGGAAAAAAUCAUCACACGCCAACGGACCAACGAUUCAAACACUCGUCACAAGAAAAAGAAGAUAGAAUGGAGAUGAAAGUUCAUUUUUCGGCCGAUUCCUCAGCAUUUAGCACUUCUCAAACGCCGUGAAGGAAGAGAAAGGAAGAGUAUGAUAGAGAGAAAUUUGAAGGAUGCGAGAUAAAAAAAAUAAUAAUAAUAAUAAAAAAAAAAGAACCGUUCGCACGCUCGGGAGAAUGUACAAAUCAAACAAAGUAACAAAAUGAAAAAAAAAAAAAGAAAAAAAAAGAAAAAAAAAUGAAAA